AUGAUUCUUCCGCUGCACACUCUGGCCCUGGGUGCCGCCUUCGCUCUCACCAGUCUUCCUCUCGCUCAAGCCUUGAGUGCUGGCGACAUUCCUGCCGACAUCCCCGUCUCGCAAUUGAUUUCAUCCGCUACCGCUGCUCUCGCUCAAGGCAAAGGCCAGGAUGCCUUGACCUACUUCGACGUUGCCAUCACCCGCGACCCUCAGAACUACCUCACCAUCUUCCGCCGAGGUGCUGCCUACCUCCAACUCGGCAAACAUUCCCAGGCUAGCCACGACUUCGACCGCGUUCUAUCCAUUAAGCCCACCUUCGAAGGUGCCCUGGUUCAGAGAGCAAAGAUCAAGAGCAGGAAUGGUGACUGGACUGGUGCAAAGUCCGACUAUGAGACUGCUGGCAAGAAAGAUGGAGACGAAGUUCGCGAGUUGCUCGACGCUCAAAAUGCUGCCACCUUGGCCCAGAAAGCAGAGAAGGACGGACACUGGGCCGACUGUACCGCACACGCCGACAUUGCAGUUUUGGUUGCUGGAGCCGCCAUGGACCUGAGACACACACGAGCAAAGUGCCGUUUCGAGAAGGGAGAUAUCGUUGAGGCUCUUAGCGACUUGAUGCACAUUGCUCAGGUCUCUUCUGGCUCGGAUGAACACCUUCAGAUCUCUGCCACAUCAUUCUACGCUCUCAACGAACCCGUCAACGGCAUGGGCCAGGUCAAANAGUGCCUCCACUCAGAUCCCGAUUCCAAGCCUUGCAGGAAACUCUUGAAAGCCGAAAAAGCCAUUGACAAGCAAAUAAAGAAGAUGAAGGAAGCCAUGGAGAAGAGGAGAUAUGUGAAUGCUGUCAACAUGCUGGUUCCCACCACCGAUGACGAGGGACUUUUGAAGACUGUCAAAGACGCUACACAACAACAUCGCGACGAGGGUCUUAUCCACAAGAACGCUCCGGACCGCCUGUACAACGAUUUGAUCGAGGUGACAUGCGAAGCCUACACAGAGAUGAACAACCUCAAGAAGGCCCAGCCGUAUUGUGACGAGGCUUUGACCCACAACCCCAACUGUCUGCCAGCCCUGAUCGGUAAAGCUACACGCCAGAUAGACGCCGACGAAUUUGAACCUGCUAUACAGACCCUCAACCAAGCCAAGGAACACCAUCAGAACUCACAANAAGUUCAAGAGUUGUUGCAGAAGGCUCACACAUUACUCAAGAGAUCAAAGCAANAAGACUACUACAAGGUCCUUGGUGUCACCAGAGACUCCGAUGAGCGAGAUAUUAAGAAGGCGUAUCGCAAGCUCACUGUUCAACACCAUCCUGACAAAGCUGCACAGAAGGGAAUUAGUCCCGAGGAAGCACAGAAGAAGAUGGCUGAGAUUAAUGAGGCAUACGAAGUUCUCUCAGACCCAGAGCUCAAGGCCAGGUUCGACCGAGGCGAUGAUCCUAACGACCAAUCUCAACAAGGCAACCCCUUCCAAGGCCAGCCAUUUGGCUUCCCGGGCGGUGGCCACCAACAGUUCUUCCAUCAACGAGGCGGCGGUGGCGGUGGCUUCCAAUUUAAGCAGCAAGGAGGCUUCCAAUUCCCUGGCGGAGGCUUCCCAUUCUAG